AUGGCACAAACCCUCCGCCUCGCAGCCUCUCAAUCCCACACCCUCUCCACCACCUCCGCGACCCUCCACGCCCUCGAAAAGACAACCAAACACGCAUCCUCCCAAUCAAUCGACCUGAUCCUCUUCCCAGAAGCCUAUCUAGGCGGCUACCCGCGAACAGCAACCUUCGGCGCCGCAGUCGGGGCCCGACGCCCUGAAGGACGAGAACAAUUCCUACAUUAUUUCAAAGAUGCUGUAGAUUUAGGAGAUACACCGGAAGGCGCGGGGAAGAAAUGGAUCGAUGGCACAUUGGAAGGAGGGAGGAAGAGGGGUGAUGGGACGAGAGAGGAGCUGGAGAGGAUUGCGAGAGAGACUGGAGUUUUCGUCGUUACGGGACUGGUGGAGAGAUGUGGUGGGACGUUGUAUUGUGCUGUUGUUUAUGUUUGUCCGCGGCUUGGAGUGCUGGGGAAGAGGAGGAAAGUUAUGCCUACUGGCAGCGAACGUCUGAUCUGGGGCCAGGGCCAACCCUCCUCCCUUCGAGCGAUCACAACUACGAUUAAAGGCGUCAAGCUCACACUCGCAUCUGCGAUAUGCUGGGAGAAUUACAUGCCACUCCUACGCCAAUCUUUGUACAGCCAAAACGUCAACUUGUACCUCGCUCCAACGGCAGAUGCAAGGGAUACUUGGUUGCCGCUGAUGAGGACAAUUGCAUGCGAGGGAAGGUGUGUGGUGUUGAGUGCGAAUCAAUGCAUGACCAAGUCCAAUCUGCCUGCGUGGAUAACUGGAGAGAAGCACGAUGAUGAACCAAUCACGAAUGGACAUUCUUCAGCACCGGCAAGAUUGAGGAGGAAAUCAACGAUCACUGAUGAAGGACAUGAGAUCGUGCUUCCCGAGAGACAUGAUGGUAGCUCUACCGCGAUAACAGAGAAGCCGCAUGAAGAUGAUUAUGUAUCAAGAGGUGGAUCUUGUAUUAUUUCUCCUCUGGGCGAUGUUCUUGCAGGACCACUGUGGGAUGAUGAGAAUGGAUUGUUGACUACGGAGGUCGAUUUUGAUGAUUGCCUACGUGGAAGAUUGGAUCUGGAUGUUGGUGGAAGCUACUCAAGAAAUGACUCCUUCAAGUUGACCGUCGAGGGCCUUGAUCUGAGCCCUCCACCAUAG